ACAGGUGAUAGCAUCGCAGUGUCAAGACAAUUGCGCGAUCGGGUAGGUAUACACUAGUAUGUAUUAGGAUGAACGAAACUGCUGCCGAGAGUUUGUGCGUGAGCUCGUCGAAAAACCAGAGCGACGGAGUAGUAGACGACGACGAGGAUGUUCGUAUAAGCGAGCUUAGAAAAAUCAGCUACGGCUUCAUUAUGCCGACGAUCUGCUUGCUCGGGAUAGUGGGAAAUGUGCUGAACCUGGUCGUUUUAACGAGGCGCAAUAUGCAAGGCAGAGCUUACAUCUACAUGCGAGCGUACUCGACGGCUUCGCUGGUGGCGAUAUCGUUCUGCAUUCCGUUCGCGUUGCGGGUACUGAUUGCUAAGGAGAAAGGCGGCUGGACCAGCUGGUUUCAAGCUUUCUACCACGUCCAUCUCGAGCUUUACCUCGGCAACAGCUGUCUUGGUGUAUGCGUGAUGACGUUGCUAGCUCUGACGGUGGAGCGUCACUCGAGCGUCUGCAGGCUGCGACCGACGUCAAACUUGGCUGCUUCGGGGGCGACGUUCCAGCGGGGACUUUCACCUCGGUUGACGCUCCUCCUGUUGGCCUUGGGCACCUUCUUCCUCUACCUGCCCACCAUUUUCCGAGCCGAAAUGAGCAGCUGUAUCUCGGCUCGGCUCAACUACCAGCGACUCUACCAACAGCGCGAUAACCGACCACUGCUCCAGUCCGCCUUCUACCAGGUAUACCAGGUAAUGCUGGAGCUGGUCUUCAAGAUCGGGCCGACGCUGCUGCUGGCAGGUCUGAACCUGCGCAUAAUGCUGGUCUACCGGCGCGCGUGCAACAAGCGCCGCCGACGACGACAGAGCGGAGGCGGUUACUUGGCCGAGGAGCGCCGGCUGAUGCUCCUCCUCGGGAGCACCAGUCUGCUUUUCCUCGUUUGCGUCAGCCCCAUGGUCUUUCUCAACCUCACCCUCAGCCAGGAUAAUCUAGCUCACUUUGCCUACCAGGUCUUUCGUGCGCUGGCGAACCUUCUCGAAGUGACCAACUACUCGCUCACCUUCUACAUCUACUGCCUGUUUUCCGAGGACUUUCGCAACACCCUCCGGCGCACCUUUACCGGAGCGUCGUCAGUCGGCACCUCGAUUCAGCAGCAGCGAACCCCCAGUCCGAUCAGCUAAAAAUAAAAAAACGACCAUCAUCUAGCAGCACAAAGCCUUUUCCUUUUUAAUGCUCUCUACUCUCAUAACGCCAAUGAUUACAUACACUUAUUUAUUCUCGAACGGCGAGAUAAGGCGCGAUUAGCGUUUCGCGUGCGCGCCUUUCGCAGUCGAGAGAGUGAGAGAGCCUCUCUCGCAUUCUCUCGACUGCGAACGAGGGGUUGGAUUAGCAUAUCAGCCGAUUAGCGCCUAUGCCUCCCGCACGUCUGCGCUGCGCAUGCGAGGCGAGCAUCAAAAAGAGUAGUGGUAG